AUGAACGGUGGUGUCCGUGGAUUAAAGCGAUUGGCCAGUACGAUAAGUAGAAACUUUGGAGGCCAGAAAAAUUUUGAACGCCGAAAACAGCUGCAUGAAGUUGAAGAAAAGAGACGUUUCUUUCUAUUCAAAGUGCGAUGGCAAAUUGGUCUACUUGCCAUGCUGGGCUUUAUGAUUGCAUUUGGCAUCAGAAGCAACUUUGGUGUCGCCAAAAAGCGAAUGACUAGCAAUUUCACAGAUGCUAAUGGAUUGGUGCAUGUAAAAGAAUUUUCUUGGACUUCGGCCGAGUUGGGGAUGAUGGAGUCCUCGUUUUUCUAUGGCUACGCUGUUUCCCAGAUUCCGGCUGGGAUGUUGGCUGCUAAAUUUGCUCCUAAUAAAUUGCUUGGAUAUGGUGUUUUACUCGCUGGUGUACUGAACGUCCUGACGGCGGUGGCUCUCAGCUACCAUCCCCUUUCCGACGUUUUGGUAAUGAUCUGCCAAGUUGUGCAGGGGAUGGCUUUGGGUGUCUGCUACCCAGCCAUGCAUGGUGUCUGGCGCCACUGGGCUCCUCCACUCGAUCGAUCUCGAUUGGCCACCACCACAUUUACUGGUGCCUACUUUGGUGUGAUGAUCGGACUCCCAGCUACGGCUCAACUGGUAUCGCAUGAUCAUUGGAGUACACCUUUUUAUGUUUUUGGUGUUUUGGGAGUAGUCUGGGCCCUGGUUUGGCUAUCCCUAUCCGCUAGUACCCCAUCGGAACAUUUUUACAUCAGCGAGGAUGAGAAAAAUUUUAUUGUGGAUCGAGUUGGUCAAGUGACCUUGUCGAACAUGACGCUCUCUACAAUCCCUUGGGGCCAAAUAUUAAAAUCCCUGCCUGUUUGGGCAAUUAUUGUCUGCAACUUCUGCCGCUCUUGGACCUUUUUUAUGCUAAUGAACAAUAUGGUGACCUAUAUGAAAGAUGUACUGUCGUAUGAUAUCGGAAAAGCGGGUGUUAUCGCGAUGUGCCCCCAGGUGUUGAUGAUCAUCACCGUAUUGUCGUCCGGGCAGAUUAGUGACUAUUUACGUGCGUCGGGUCGUAUGAGCACUGAAAAAGUGCGGAAACUAUUUAAUACGCUUGGAUUUGGCGGAGAGGCCCUAUUCCUCUUGGUCCUGUCUUUUUCUAAUGAAAGUGCUAUCGUUAUUCCGAGCUUGAUAGCUUGUGCCGGUUUUGGAGGAAUCAGCAUUUCUGGCUUUAACGUCAACCACUUUGACAUCGCUCCCCGUUACGCUGCCAUUCUAAUGGGAUUUUCAAAUGGUAUUGGAGCUCUAGCCGGAGCUGGAAGUUUGAUCACGAGUCCCUUGACCUUAAAUAACCCCGCCGGCUGGAAAUAUUGUUUCCUACUAGCCUGCGUCGUCGAUAUUUUCGGAAUCAUCUUCUUCCUCCUCUUUGCUGAGGGUGAAGUCCAAGAUUGGGCCAAGGAGCAAGAACCCGAGAUCUCGACCCAAGAGAUUGUGCGCAGGAUUUCCACCAUCGUCCGUCAAAUGUCCACUCGACUAUCUUUGAGGAGCAAGAACCAGGAACCCCGUAAAGAAGAAAGCACAUUCGGUAUGUCGAUGGACACGGGUCUAGCGGCACUGCGAAACCGAACUACCGUACUCCCAAGCCCCACAAAUAGUGCCGGGCCGGCCCCCGUAGCUGGCCGGGGUCUUCGAGCUCUACAAGGAAUUGACAAUCGCGGAUUUGCAGCCACAAUUGGGGCCCUGGGAGUCAACCUCCCCUCGACCACAUUCAAUUCGAAGCUUAUCACCUUAAUU